AUGCCAUCUAGGAACCCGCUCAAGAAGUUGGAGGAGGUACUGAAGAAGAUAAAGACUGCGCUAGAGUCUCAGAGAGGGCCACCACGGGGCACAAGUGUUGGAGAAUUGGAGUAUGAAGUUAUUGCUUUACCGCUGAAGGGAUGGCUACUCAAGGCUCAAGCAAUUACUGGUUUCGCCGUUGACGACUCUCCGAAGCACGAUAUCAUCACCAACCACUAUGAAAACGGUGAAACCGUUCUUCACCUGCCACUUCUACAAGGGGACUCUGGUACGAAUAACACUGAAGGAUCCAAUUUACAAAAGCGAUUCGACAACCCUGGGUUCAAGAUCGCGUUCACUACCAGGGAAAGAUCGAAGCUCACCCAAGCCCAUCAAAAGUCUAUGGCACUGGCGGGGGCUGCUACAUGGGCUGUCUAUGCGGACAACGCCAACCACAAGAUGGAUGACUUCAUCGGUUUUGCUGAGACUGAACAUGCGGCCAACUUUUACUACCGGAUCAUUCCGGAGAUCAAGGGGUUCGGAACUAAUUACGAGACUGUUGAUAUUUGCGGAGGAAUGGCGUUAUACUUGUAA